UUUAACAGAAGAGACAGCAAGUUUGGUCAUUUAGCCAUGAGCCAACCAGGUGUACUCGUUAUCAUAGUUCUUUGCUUGUUCUUUCAUGUCAAAGCCCAAAACAAUUCAAACUCUGACCCCAACAAUAUCCUCCAUCCUCUCCAGCCAAAUCUUGUGGCGGUCAUUGGUGUCUUCUCUGUAGUGUUUUCUUUAUUACUUUUGAUAGUUGCCUACGCAAAAUUUUGUCCAUUAAACCCAUUUCAUUUCAUUAGCCAUAUUAGUAAUAAUAAUAAUAAUGCCCAUCAGCAAACUCAAACUUUCGAAGAACUUAUUCGAUCAUCGUCUAGAUCUUCCGGAAUUGAUAGAGCAGUGAUCGAGUCACUCCCUUUUUUCAGAUUUUCUUCGCUAAAGGGAUCGAAAGAAGGCCUUGAGUGUGCAGUUUGCAUAUCAAGAUUUGAAGAUAGUGAAAUUCUAAGAUUAUUGCCCAAGUGCAGGCAUGCAUUUCAUGUCAAAUGCAUUGACCAGUGGCUAGAAAGCCACUCUAGCUGUCCUCUCUGCAGGUACAAGUUUGAUAUGAGAGACCUCAGGAGCUUCUCUUACUCAAACAGUUUUAGAUUCUCGGGAAACCCUUCAAAUCUAACAGAUGAUCCGAAUCUUGAGUUUAUUGUCCAGAGAGAGCAAGACCGUCAAGCCUCUUCUAGGUUCAACAUCGGAAACAGCUUUAGAAAUACCGACAAAGGUAAGAAAGAAGAAGAGUUGCUUAUUCAAGAGGUCAAUAGGAAUCACCAAAAACUCUUGCAUAAGUUCAACCACAAAAUCAUUGUCUCCGAUGUUGUUAUUAAGAACCGAUGGAGUGAUGUUAAUGCUUCAGACUUAUUGUUCUUGAACUCCGAGAUGCUUCGUGCUGUAUCAAGCAAUAGGAUCUCUCGUUCCAAUUCAACAAGUGGAAGAUUUCAUUGUGAUUUAUCCAUGAAUGAAAAUAGGGUAAAGAUUAGGGAGGAUAUAGAGAUUAAGAGAUUAUAUGAGUCCAGGUUCGGUGGAAUUGAAACAAACAAUUCAGUUUCAUCUUCAAGCUUUCUUUCUACUUCAUAUAAUGAGGCAAAUUCAUCAGAAGUGUUGAAUGCUAGAGAGAAGAGAUCAAUGUCUGAGAUCAUCAACUUUGCAAGGUUCAGAGAUUUCAGUUUAAGACACAAAUUUAGAGAAGCUUCACCUGGAAGUAGUGGGAGAAAAGAGGAGAGAAUAAGAAGACUUUGGUUGCCAAUAGUGCAGCGAACAGUUCAAUGGUUUGCAGGUGGAGAAAGAAACUUACAGGAAUUGGACAAAAAAAGGCAUGAUUUAAACGUGUGAAUUUUACACUCAUAAUCACUCCACAAGGUCAGGUAAUUGUAUAAUUUGGAUAUGUAGCUUGUAAAUCUUCUUGCUUAAAGAAAAUUCCAGAGUUGUUAAAUCUUAUCCUAUCAUUAAUAUCAGAGGAAAGAUGAAUUUAAACUCUAUAUGGAUUUUCUGGUUCAUGCCUGCCUGGUCAAUGUAAACUUCAUUAAAAAGAGGUCCCUC